AUGGGCGCCAAGGUCCUGGCGCUCGGAAGAGACAGGGCCACGCUCGAGAAGCUCGCGUCGCACUACAGCAACGUGCAGCCUGUGCUGCUGACGGGCGACAGCGGCGCCGACGCCGCCACGCUGCAGAAGCUCGGCCCGCUCGACGCGUACAUGGACUACACGCCUAACGGCGCGGCCGGCCCGGUGUACUUGGACGCGGCGAUCGGCGCGCUCAGGUUCGGCGGCAGGGUCAUCCUCUCGGGCUUUGUGUUCGCCAACCUGAGCAUCCCGUACGGCCUCGUGGUCGCCAAGGACCUGACCAUCAAGGGCAAGCUCAUGUACUCGCGCCAGGAGGCCAAGGACUUCCUGAAGAUGGUCGAGAACGGCAUCUUCAAGAUGGACCAC